CUUAUCUGACCUGUCCCUUUUGUCUUCUUCUAGAUUUACAGUAUGACCCUGCGGCUCUUGGCCUUCUUCGAGGAGCAGAUCAGAGCGAUCACAUCCGAGUACAAAACGGCCAUCAAGAGCAGCGACAGGCUCCGCCGCAGUCAGCGCUGCCGCAAGAAAAUGCAGCCGCACGAUCAGUCCACGUCCAGUCAAAAGAGAGCUGCAGCUAAAACUCAGGAAAAAGUGGAGUCUGCGUCAGCGACCAAAUCUACCUCAGCCAAAGUGGGUGUUCCAGAUCGAGCCAGGAGGAGUCGAAGGAGGAGCUCCUCCGACGACUCCAAAGGUGCUUCAUCUACACCAGAGUCUGACAGUGAGAGCGAGCCGAGUGAUUCGGAGGAGGAGAAACGCCCUGGCUCCUCGAGGCACCAUCGACUCAGACACAAAGCCAGAGUUACGAGAAGCAACCGCGCCAAGCAGAGGAAAAAAGAGAGCGAUAGUGAAGAGGAGGAGGAGGAAGAGGAGGAGGAGGACAGUGCGGCUGGAGAGGAUGGACAUAUGUCCUCUCAGUUUUCAGGUCGUCGCUACCCCAGCAGGAGUAAGAGCAGCAGGAGCACACGGCUGACCAGGAACAGCUCUGGAGCGGAGAGGAGGCGCACAGAUGUCGGUGGGGCGAUGAUUGAGAAAGCCGUCCACUCGGGGAUGAUCAACCCGAGCCGGCAGUGGCAGAGUCUGCAGCACACCGGCCCCGUGGCUCAGUUCCACUUCCAGGUCCGCCUCAGCUGCGACGAGCACUACUACGGCUUCGGCUGCAACAAGUUCUGCCGCCCGCGGGACGACUUCUUCGGACACUACGAGUGCGACCACAACGGGAACAAGACGUGUCUGGACGGCUGGGCCGGACCAGACUGCAACACUGCAAUCUGCAGACAGGGCUGCAGCACAGAGCACGGAUCCUGCAAAGUUCCUGGAGAGUGCAAGUAA